GCGAAUUUACCCUCCUGAUGAUAAGACAUUACUUGAAAAGUAUGAGAGUUUAUUAGCUACUGCUUUCCAGACGUUUCUUGCUGGGAGAGCAGCUUCACUUCAGCGGGAAAUGAAUAAUCCUUUAAAAAGAAUGAAGGAGGAGGACAUUUUGGAUCUUCUGGAGCAGUGUGAAAUAGAUGAUGAAAAACUAAUGGGAAAAUGCACCAGGCAGCGAGGACCUAAGCCCUUGUGUUCAAUGCCAGAAAGUGCACAGCCCUUAAGAAGACUUAAGAACUACGACAGUGAUAGUAGCAGCGAUAGCAGUAGCAGUAUGUCAGAAUCGGGAGAAGAAACUGAAAAGGAAGAUCACAAUGAAAAAAAAGAGAAAAAAGUUUCCUAUGAUCUUGAAGAAAAUAAAUACAAAUCUCUGGAACGAUCAAGUAGAAUGAACUGGAAACCUCAGAUUAAAAAUAUAAAAUCUCCAUCAUGUUCGUCUCCUGCAUCAUCCACAGGUCCAAUAAGGCGUUCUGUAAGCUGCCCUCGUUCAAUAUCAAUAUUGACUAUGCAGUCACAGGCAGCUGAGCAACGUCCCUUUUCAGCCAAAGCGUCUCUGCCAGUGCAGCGCGCAUCCUCAGUGAGUAGGUCUCAUUCUUUAAAUCGUAGCCCAUCUUCGGCCAGAGUCUCUCAGACACCCAGCUUGGGAAGUGUGAGCACAUCAGGGAGUGAGUCUUUGUUGCAACAGAAAACAAAAGAGCAAGAGAUUGCUUUAACUAAAGAGACUCUUCUCAUCAUCAGUGACAUGAGAAUGAAGUUUCCAGGAAAAACAGACGAAGAAUCAGAAUUAAUUAUAGAAAAUAUUAUGGAUAAUUGGAAGUAUCAUAAAACAAAAGUGGCAUCCUAUUGGUUGAUAAAACUGGAUUCUGUAAAGCAACGAAAAGUUUUGGAUAUAGUCAAGACAAGUGUUCGUGCAGUUCUACAGCGUGUCUGGAAGGCUCCAGACAUCGAAAAUUUACAUCUGUACCGUCUCUUUAACCGUGUAUUCAAUCGCUUACUUUGGAGCCAUGGUCAAGGACUAUGGAAUUGUUUCUGUAAUUCAGGGAGCUCUUGGGAAACCAUAUUCAGUAAAAGCACAGAGGUGGUGACUCCUGAGCAACUCCAGUGUUGCCAGCGAAUAGUACAGCUUUGUAAACACUGCCUGCUGGUGGUUUACAAAUAUUCAUCAGAUUCAAGAGGAUCCCCAACUGGGAUUAGCCCCCACUGGGAUGAUACAAGGUAUUUAUUGCCAGGACCUUCACAGUUCAUCAUGAAAUCAUCCUCGUCCAACCUUAGCUGCAGUGCAUCUGGAAUGCCUCGCCCUAACGUUUUGUUCACACACAGAUACAGUCACUUGUGA